AUGAGCCCAUAAAGAGGAUGAAGUUAAAUGCACAACGACCGACACCUAAAUGAUUUCUUGGAUCUUCAUCAUCAAAUUUUGGGUCCUUUCUUCUUCAUAUAGCAUACCAGAAAUUUAUUCUGGUGUCAAAAUCAGUAGCUAUGUUUAGCAGGAUGUUUGCAAGAACUAGUUUCAAACAUGCAGUUGUUGAAGGUUUCCAGCCCCUUAUUCACCAUAGGCGUUAUGCAACUGCCGCUUCUUUGAACCAAACUGAAGUAGCCAAAUUUGCAGCUAUGGCUGAUAGUUGGUGGGAUAUGGAAGGGCCUUUUAAGCCAUUACAUGCCAUGAAUCCUGCAAGGCUAACUUUUAUUCGGUCGACUCUUUGCAGACAUUUUGGCAAGGAUCCAUUUUCUGCAAGACCAUUUGAAGGACUAAAAUUUGUAGAUGUUGGUUGUGGAGGAGGUAUUUUAUCUGAGCCUUUGGCUCGCAUGGGAGCUUCAGUGACAGGAAUUGAUGUCGUGGAGAAGAAUAUCACAAUUGCACGUCUUCAUGCGGAUUUGGAUCCGGUAGCUUCCUCUAUUGAAUAUCGUUGCACAACUGCUGAAAAUUUGGUCGAAGAGCAGAUAAAGUUUGAUGCGGUUAUUGCUUUAGAGGUAAUCGAACAUGUAUCAGCCCCUGCUGAGUUUUGCAAAUCCUUGUCAGCAUUAACCGUAUCCAAUGGAGCUACUGUCAUCUCGACAGUAAACCGUUCUAUGAGAGCAUACGCAUCUACAAUUGUUGCAGCAGAGUACAUCCUGCAAUGGCUUCCCAAGGGCACGCAUCAAUGGUCGAGCUUUAUAACUCCUGAAGAACUAGUAUUGACACUGCAGCGCGCUUCGAUCUCUGUUGAAGAGAUGGCUGGCUUUGAUUUCGACCCAUUGACCGGUCAAUGGUCUAUUACUGAUGAUAUUGGUGUGCAAUACAUCGCAUUCGGCAUUAGAAACGGCUAAUCAUUUAAUAGUUUUGGGCAGGCUGGUUUUCAUUUGGUUGUUUUUUCAUCUUUGUAUCAAUAAGUUAUCCCUCUGGUUGCCCUUUGGAAAUGCAGUUAUAAAUAAUAAUAAUAAAAAAAAGUUCCCAUGGAAAUUGUAAUAAUAUAUCCAUUUGGAAGGUU